AAGCAAUCGAAAGAAAAUGGCGGCUCCCAUGAUUGUGAGGAAGGCCUGCACUGGGGAGGGGCAAGGGAAAUUCGGUCGAAAAUGAGAUAAACCUGAAGCAAAUGAAAUUGGCACGGAGGCUUGGAACCUAGUUUGAUUUAAGCAGUCUUAGAAAAGUGGUUCGUCCGGCGCCUAAGGGGCGGAGCCGAAGCGUAGAGCUGCUUUGCGCGUGCGCAACACCUAGGCGGUUAGAUUUGAAUACUUCACUGAGGCAAGCUGGGCGUUGUGGGGUGAAGGCGAGAGGCGGCGGUGACUUUCCGCUCUGAGAAGCGUGUAGACCCCCAGACAAGUCUGCACAAAAUUUGUCGGGCGUGUGAGCCGCUGCAGAAGAGUUUUCUUCAAAAAUGGAUGGGGUGUCUUCAGAGGCUGGUGAAGAAAAUGACAAUAUAGAGAGACCUGUUAGAAGACAGCAUUCUUCAAUUUUGAAACCCCCAAGAAGUCCUCUUCAGGACCUCAGAGGUGGGAAUGAAGCAGUUCAGGAAUCCAAUGCUUUGAGAAAUAAGAAAAACUCACGUCGAGUCAGCUUUGCAGAUACUAUAAAGGUAUUCCAGACAGAGUCUCAUAUGGAAAUAGUGAGAAAGUCAGAAAUGGCAGAAACAGAAGCAGGAGAAAGUCUCUUGACAGAGUAAGUAAU